UAUGGCCACCCAACCCCUCCCCCUCCUCCUCCUCUUCGUCACCAUCUCAUCUCUCCCCGCCUCCUCAACUGCCGCCACCAACGCCCACUACCUCGAGGCUGCAUGCAACGUGACGGAGCACCGCGCCCUCUGCAUGCACUCUCUCGCAUCCUUCUCCCACUCAGCAGCCUGGAAGCAGAAGAACCCAUGCUGGUGGGCGCGAGCGGCGGUCACCGUCACGCUGGCCGAGGCCAAGCACCUCGGCCGCUUCCUCGCAAAGGUGAAGCAUGGCGGAAGGAUGCGAGGGGGGAGGGCCGGCGCGCUGGCGGACUGCAUCGAGUGCUUCGGGGAUGCAGUGGAGGAGCUCCAUAGCUCUCUCGGGGAGCUCCGCCGGCUGGAGAAGGGGACGUUCGAGUGCCAGAUGAGUAACGUGGAGACGUGGGUCAGCGCCGCGCUCACCAACCAGGAUGGCUGCCUUGAUGGGUUUGGCGGGUACAAGGGGAAGGAGGUGGGGGAGGUGAAGGCUAAGGUCCUGAACGCUACGUAUUUCACCAGCAAUGCCUUGGCUCUGGUUAAUAAUCUGGCGUCUUCUGGAGGGUUUAGCUAAAUGCUAUGUUAAGAACUACUAUAUAACUUGAAAAAGAUAUAUAUACUCCUUUAUGCCUAUGUGUGUUAUAUAUAUAAAGGUGUACCACAUAUAUAUUGUAUAUUGUUAUAAUGUACCUUAUCAUGGCAGCUAUACGAAGGUGUGGUCGUUGGAUGCUGGGAAUAUAUAUGGUUCUGAGUAGAAUAGUGAGGCUGUGAUCAACGUUACAUUUUGGAGAAUUGAUGAGUAAGAUAUAUGGUAAUUAUGCAAAUGUAGCCAAUAUCAGGCACAUGUUGGUUUGGCAUGCCUGUAGCAGUUUUGGCAAGGUGAAGACGUAUCGAGUUGUCUACCUCAAAGUUUCAAAGCAAGAGGUGAAGAGGUUCACUAGCAAGGAUCAUA